CUCUUCAAAAAAAAAAAAAUUUGUUUUUUUGAAAAAAGAGGACUCUUUUGAAACUCCCAUUUUUCUCUCGCUUGAUCACAAUCGAGAGCUCUCUCCCUUUUCCUUUCUCUUUCCCUCGUCGCUUGUAUUUCGAGCUUCGAUCUCUCUCUUUUUACCCCCUUUUUGGAUCCUUUUUUAUUUAAAAACCCUGACUCGUUAACCCUAACUCACUGAUUCCCAAUCCCCUCCUUCUCAACUCCGAUAAGCUACCGCUUCUUCUUCUCUUUUUUUUUUCCCUGCUGAAAUUAUCGAUUAAUUAAGUUUUCUAAGGUGUAUUUAUCACAACUCUUAAGAAGUGGGUGGGUGGAACAAUACGAAAAAGGGGCUUCUUUUUCCUUCUGAGAUGAACAUCCAACAAGCACUUUUGCCCAAAUCUUCUUCUAAUGGAUUUGCUCGUCGAAGGGGUGAUAGAGAGGGUGGGGCUAGGUUGGAGAGUAAGGUGCAGUCAGGAAAAUCUAAUCAGGGAAGAAUACAGGCUACAGGCUCACUGUCUGGUGGGAAGACUGGAGGUUAUGAGAGUUCUUCUCGUGAUCGGUUAGUUUAUAUGACCACAUGUCUUAUUGGGCAUAUGGUGGAAGUUCAUGUGAAAAAUGGUUCAAUUUACUCUGGAAUAUUUCAUGCAACUGAUGCAGAAAAAGAUUUUGGAAUAGUCUUGAAAAUGGCUCGCUUGGUAAAGGAUGGUACUUUGCAAGGAAACAAGGCUGUUACAGAGUUCAUUAGCAAGGCACCCACAAAGAUUUUAAUUAUACCUGCCAAAGAACUUGUGCAAGUUAUAGCAAAGGAUGUGGCCGUAACCAGUAAUGGAUUUGCAAGUGACCUCCAGCAUGAAAAACAGCAGGAACUUUUGAUAGAUUCUGUGAUAUCACAAUCCUGUCAUGUUGGGUUGGAGAGAGAACUGGAGCCCUGGGUUCCUGAUGAAGAUUAUCCCCAAUGUCCUGAGCUAGAAAAUAUUUUUUCUGGCUCGUGGAAUAGGAACUGGGAUCAGUUUGAAACCAAUCAAAAGCUAUUUGGUGUAAAAAGUACUUUCAAUGAGGAGCUUUACACAACAAAACUUGAGAGAGGUCCUCAAACGAGAGAGUUGGAGAAGGAAGCAAUGAGAAUAGCAAGAGAGAUUGAGGGUGAGGAGACCCGGGACCUACAUUUAGCAGAGGAGAGAGGCUUAGAUCUUCAUGAUAAUUUUGAUAUUGACGAGGAGAUGAGAUAUUCCUCGGUUUAUAGGGGUAGAGAGUUUGAUGAUAGCGGUUAUGAAGAAGAGGAGGACAUUUUGUUGGAUUCCCAAAAUAUUGAGACCUUUGGAGAUUCUUCUGAUUCUCUCAGUAGAGGGCCUGUGGAUUUGACCAGUUUGCAAAGAAAUGAGGGAGUUCGAAUGUCAUCAAGCACUUCUUUUGUGGAUGAGGCACCAUCUUCCAAAGCAGCCAUUGGUGCAGAUUUGAACCAUACUGACUUCAAUGAUCAGGCCAAACAGCUGGCAUCUGAAAUUCCGUCCGAAAGUUUCUCUGUAUCUGACAGUGAAAGCAGGAUCCAAGACAAUUUGCUCGGUGAACAUGGAGGAAGCAAGGAUGCUAAAGAAUCUACUGAAAAGCUGUCUCCAUCUGAGGACCCGCAGUUGUCAAAUUCUAUCGAUUCCCAGUCAUUAUUGAAUGACAAGUUAGAUGGAUCUGAUAAAACUGUGCCAUCCGUGAAUUCUACUACUCAUGCCCAGUCUAGUUCUUUAUCGAAGGUUAGUGAAAAACCAAGUGCUUCUGGUGAUCUCCCAGAAGGUCCAGCUUCUAGCAAAGUAACUGGUGAAACACCUUCUGUAAACACCCGUGGGCAACCUGGUAGUUCUAAACCAUCAAAUUCAGAUUGUGUUGCUGUUUCCUCAGUUUCUAGUGGCCCUGGCUUGUCCCCAAGUUCAUCAAUGGGUUCAUUAUCCUCUGAGAAGUCAACACUGAACCCCCAUGCAAAGGAGUUCAAACUCAACCCUAAUGCAAAGAGUUUCACACCAUCUCAAACGUCUGUUAGGCCUCCAUCCCCAGUCUCCGAUGGCUCAUUCUACUAUCAAACACCAGUGUCUCCUGUACCACAUAUGCACAUGCCUGUUAGUUUUGGGAUUGGACCCUCCUUUCCUGGGCACCAGCCUGUUGUAUUCAAUCCACAAGUGGCUCCAAUGCAAUCACCGCAAGCUUAUUUUCAUCCAACUGGACCUCAGUAUGGGCAACCGAUGCUUCUUGGGCAACGGCAAGUGAUGUACUACCAACCGGACAUGCAAUACAAAGGACGGGAUUAUUAACCAGUAGUAGCUCGCUGACAGCAUUCAUGGAGCCGUGCUUCUGCUCAAAAAAGAAUAAGAAAGAAGUUUCAAGUGACUGCUCGAUGAAGUGGAAACAAAAGCCGUAGCCGUCCCAAGAAAGAUGGGAUAGGUUAUUUUCUUGAACACCUCAUAUAUUUCCAGCUUCCAGGGUAAUAUUUAUACUCUGUCAUGGGAAAUAAUUUUAUAAAACCCCUCUAUAUGCUUCAUUAUCAUCCAUGUCAUUGAAUUUCUAGCUUUUCUCAACUAACCUCAACUUCUCUCUCUGAUUGUUUGUUUUUAAUAUUUUGAUAGUUUUGGAUCAAUUUGUGGUUCAAAGAUAGUAUUGUGUUUAUAUUAUUAUAUUAUUGUCCUUUUUU